GAGCAGCAGCAGUCAGAUUGUAGCCUGUCAGCGGGCCCGUCAACACCAAAUACCAAACACCGACUUUCUCCUCCUUUUUUUUUGUUACAAGCCGUGCAGGAGGCUCCGGAGCCCGGCGGAAGAAGAGCCGAGGAACGAUGAACGAGAGUGAGCUCGGUCCGCUGCAGGAGUAUGACUUCGAGAGGCGUUUCGACGAGAGACAAGCUCUGGAAUGGAUGCAAGAAAACUGGAGCAAGUCAUUCAUGUUCUGUGGCCUGUAUGCUGCGCUCGUGUUCGGCGGCCAGCACUUCAUGAGGGAAAGGCCAAAACUGAACCUUCGACGGCCGUUAGUGCUGUGGUCACUCAGCCUGGCCAUCUUCAGCAUCAUAGGAGCUGUCAGGACCGGACUGUACAUGCUGCACAUCCUCACAACCAACGGUUUCAAACAGUCCGUGUGUGACAACAGUUUCUACAGCGCCCCCGUCUCCAAAUUCUGGGCCUACGCUUUUGUUCUUAGCAAGGCCCCCGAGCUCGGUGACACAGUGUUCAUUGUCCUCAGGAAGCAGCGUCUCAUCUUCCUGCACUGGUACCACCACAUCACCGUGCUGCUCUACUCCUGGUACACCUACAAGGACCAGGUGGCGGGCGGUGGCUGGUUCAUGACCAUGAACUACUCGGUCCACUCUCUCAUGUACACCUACUACGCGGCCCGGGCAGCUGGAGUGCGGGUGCCCCGUCCCUUCGCCAUGAUCAUCACCGCCUCCCAGAUCCUACAGAUGGUGAUGGGCCUGGCCGUGCAGGGCAUGGUGUACAACUGGAUGCACGAGGUGCGCUGUCCGUCCCACUUGGACAACAUUGCAUGGGGAUCUCUCAUGUACCUCAGCUACUUGGUCCUUUUCGCCUUGUUCUUCUACGACACAUACCUCAAGGGCUCUCCCACAGACAAAGGGUCCAAGGCAGAGUAGCGUGUUUGUACUGUGCUCUGCGUUCGCAUCGAAGUGUGCCAUUAGUAGAAAUGACCAACAGCGAGGGGCCAUGAAUGUGUGUCACAACCGCACUAGUUAACAGUUUGCUGCGUCCUCCACUUGUCCUUUUGAUAGAAAUGUGUAGCUCAAUACAACGAUGCGUCCAUAGAUUUAGGCUGGUUGAGACUGAGCACAUUUUAAUAUGAUCUUGUGACUAACUCGGAGUAAUGUAGGGAAAUAAUUAAAGAAAGAGAUGGAAGAGAGGAAUACAAUGUUUUAGUGCUUUGGCUCCAUAGGCUCAUUACUAGUAUAUAAAAACAGCCAUAUGAGGACCAAAUGUUGAUCAGAGGUGGUUAACAAAUGUUAUGUUUCAAUGAAAAAGGGAGUCAUUGAUGUGCAGCAAACAUGAGCUCUUAACUAGAAAAAGUAUUUAAAUUUUAAGGGAAUGGGUCACUGUUUUGGAAAUUAUGCUUAGUUAUGUUCUUUAGGAAGUGAGAUGAGGAGAUCGAUAUCACUCAUGUCUGUGCGUUCAGAAGCGAGCUGGAGUCAGGACGGUUUUUUGUUUGCUCCUUUUCAAGAAGUGUCAUCUUUUCUCUUGAAAUACUGAGUCAGUAAUUUUUUUCCCCAUGAGUCAUUACGUUUUUACUGGUUAAAUUCAGACCCUCUAAUAAGUGUGGCGGUGGUAUUUUUAGAAAUGAUUGCUCAAUUAAUGAUUUGAAACUUUCCGACUAGUAGCAUUGAUCUUUUUAACACAUAACUGCCCCCAAAAAACACAAUUUCUGUUUCCGUACAGGUUAAUCAAGCAAGAUGCAUGUUAAUUAGCGACAGACUAGCUGUUUCCUCUUGACUCCAGUCCUGCAGUGCUACGCUAACCACUUCCUGCCUGCUUCUCAGCACACGCACAUCAAAACAGUUAUAGGUCUUCUCAACUCAAUUUCAUGAACACAAAUUCCCCGAAAUCUUGAACUGCACCUUUUUGUUUUGUUUUUUAAAUAAGGGGGAAACAGUUGACCAGUUGCCAUGGAAAUCACAUGGAAAAUGAACAACUAGGCUAUCUGUCAGAGUUCCUCUAAACGGAUAACAAUGACAUCAUAUUAAUAUUGAAAUGGUAGUUUUAUGGAUAAGGAUUUUUAUUUUUUUUUUGCAUAGACUGCUCUGCUUAUGUGGUGGAAACGCUGUGAACACACCUCAGUCACAUCACAUUUGUUUGACCCUAGGAUGUUUUGAAUGUAGGAUCACCAAAAGGGAAUGAAAGACUUUACAAAGCACUGAAUGAAAGAAGGGUGUUUUCUCGAAUUUAGUUUUACAGUACACUCACCCCACACACACACACACACACGUACACACGUACACACACACAUAUUACACAUAUUUUAAGCUGCAAGAUACCGUCAUGUCACAGAUCACUGAGCUGAUGCUUUUUCAUGUCGCUCCCUCAGUGCUGCUUAUAAACCACUGAGCACAUUAAUCUUUAUUGAGCUGUGUGUGGCUGCUGCAGUAAACUGAGACAUGCUAAUACGUUCUCACCAGGUAUUAUUCAAAGGAGAAACCAACACUGACGUUUUUGUUUAAACGUACUGCAGCUUGUACUUUGUCUGCUCUUACCACACAAGCACUUUGUCAAAUGAUACUAUCUGAGUAAUGAACACAUUCCUCAGCUGACAGCCGUCCCAGAGCAAGUUUCCUCCAGGAAAUGGGUGUAAUAUGUUUAACAUCUCUUGUUUAAAAGCUCUAGUCCUUGUUAUCCUUUUUUGUAAAAAAUUAUGUUUACAUACUGUGUGCACAUUUUGCCUUAUUCACUUCACCUGAUUACAAGCACUGAGCAGCACCAGGCCUGCAUCUCACCUUCACGGUUAAAGGGAUUUUUUUUUCUAUCAGUGGGCCAGAUGUAGAAAACUAUGCGAAACGCUCUUUUCAUCAGGGUUUUUAAAGUCGUGCUCGCUCAUAGUUCUGUUUUAAUGAGUCUUGAUUAUUUUGAUCUACAUGUUCAAACCUGUCCUCACACCGGCAGUUAGCCAUACAUAGCUAUAAACACACCCUUAACCACUUCUCAAAUGAAAACAAUACCGAAGGAGGAGCGUAUAGUACUUUCACUGAUUUUUGGCAACAAGAGUAGUCGCCAUGUUGUUUGAACAUUACACUCGACUGUGGAUAUUUCUAAUAUGUAUAAGUCAUCCAAAGCACUUGUAAACCAUCAUCAAACAUCAUGAAUUAUAUAAUGAUCUGAUUUAUAGCACUUGCAGUGAAACAAACACUUUAAAAUGAAUACAAAUGACAAAAAAAAGAAAAAAAGGUAUAAUUGAGCAAACAAAUAAACUGAAUAAAAUCCAUUAAAUUCGCUUUUUUGAGGUAAUAAGCUAUAUCUACAAUCAUUUUUAGUUUUUUUUGGGCAUUUCUGCCAUUUGAAUCAGGGAUGCUGCGGUUAUGUGAUAUGUGUCGUAACCACCUGUUCAGCAGGAGUGUUCAAUCACAUUAUUCUACCGUCCAUUUAUUCUGUUAUCAGUCUAUUAUGUUAAAUUCAAUGGUUAUUUGCCUUUUCCUGGACAACGUUAUGUAAUGCUGCCCUGUAAAUUAAAACAAAUAAAAAAAUCUCUGAAAGAUCAUUGACAUCAGAGACAGGUCACAUUAAUGUCUGGAUUUUUUUUUUUGAAUAUGUGUAGGAUUAAAAAAAGGAUAAAAGUAAACAGAGCAUCUUCAGGUUGUUGGGGAAAUGGUGCAUAUAUGUUUUCUGUGUGUAUCCAUUGUUUAAACAUCUGGCCUCCAUGUGUAUGUUAUGUUAAAGGAGCAGGUUGCCCUCUCAGUUAAAUAUACGUCAUUAUAUUCAUCCUUCAUCACUUAUAUAUUUAGUGUUCUAUUUUCCGAGCAGUGUUGAACUUUUCCCUGUGUGCUGUACAGAUCAUUUCAGUAGAUUCACACUGGUUGAAUCAUGUUUUACUGAACAAUAAUUUGAUUUAACUUAUAUACUCUACUCUAGUUAAAAAACAAAAAGUGGGCUGUAAGACACCUGAAUUGAUGUGCUUAAACAUAAACUCACGGGGCUGUUAGAUCAUUUGUGCUGCGCUCAAUGAGCUGCUUAGUACAUUGUAAAUAACAAGAAUCUAUUUAUUUUCUUAAUAUAUAACAUUCUCCAACAGCAGAUCUGAAAUGUACAUGUUAGAUGUGAGAGUGUUCGUGUUAGUUCCUCUUUCCAUCCACAUUACGCCUUUUGAGCGUUUCCACAUUCUUUUAUAUCUGCUGACAAACUGAUCAUGACACCAUUUUGCCUCUUAAGUAUUAAAGGAUCAGUCUGGUGAUUUUCUAUAUAUUUCUUAUUGUCAACAAAUCUGAUGCAUAAAACCAAAGUAUUGUGUUUGUAUCUAAAGCCUGAUAUUUCUUAUUCCUGUGUAUUGUAGAUCUCUCUUUUUCCAACUAUUGAAAACACAUCAAUGAGCCACACCAAAGAGCACAAUUGCAUUAGUUUGUAUAGAAACUGCUCCAAAGACUAAUAACAGUGAUUAUAUUUUCAGUCUCUGGAGAGUAGUUCUGUGUAAAUCAGACGCCACUGAGUCUGUGCAUCAAUGUGGUUCUGUUAAAGAGAGUUGCUUGUUGCGCUACAUAUCACAACCUCUUGACUUGUUGUGUCUGCCAUACACAGAACAACUCUCAGGAGAUUGAAAAUGAGAUCACUGUUAAUCGUCUUUGGAGCCGUUUCUAAACAAACCAACAACCAAACUCUUAGUAAUGAAAGAACAUGUCACCCAGUGCAGCGGUGUUGCUCACUGAUAUAUAUUUAAUAGGUUUUGGACGACAUAUCAGGCUUUAGUUACACACACAAUACUUUUUUGACCCAGUAUGAGAUUUUUUAACAAAAGGAAAAAUGUAUAAAAUCACCAGCUGUCUUUUAAGAGAUGGAGGAUAAUUGUGAAGUCUGUCCAGAGAAGCUUUAGGUUAAGUGUUUAAUCUGUGGUAUGUGUAACAUAAUUUCAAACCAUCCUCUUUUUCUUUAAAUCUUGUGUUUUUAAUACUCAUUUCAAAAGAUGCUUCUCCAUCUUAUGAAGACGUGUUUAUAGUGGAUACUGAUAGGUUAAACCACUGCACAUUAUCUGUGUGAGCACAAACUGGAGCAGCUGCUUACAAAUUGUGCACUGAAGGGAAUUUUGUUUUUGGCUUGGCGAACACAUGAAGAUGUUUGUCUUUGCCGUCGUGUUUAACCCACUACUGUAUCUUCAAUCCAUGGCAGCCUCUUGGUGCUGACGUUUACAUUCGUCUUCUCGCUGUCAUUUCUAUGUGUGCAUUACUGUAUGUAUCAAUGAUGUAGUUGUAUUAAUUACUGUCGGUUGUUUUUUGAAGGACUGCCUACGAAUCUGUCUCUAAACUUGCCUACCUACUGCAAAUGUGGCUCUUAAAAAAAAAAAAAAAAAAGGAAAAAAGAAGAAAAAAAAAAAAAGGAUUUUAAAGAAGGCUUUGAUUUCAGUUUACCAGCCUACAUCAGUUCUCUGAAUAAUCUGAAUUAUACCACUGACAUGUUGCCAAUGUAGCCUGAAGCCCUCUGUGUUAGCUGUUUGUACCUUUUCCACUUUUGUGAAACCUGUAUUUUACUAUAAAACGGCUCCGAAGGCAAUUUUAGGUGAAGAAUGUAAGAAAUGUUUCCUCAUGUCUGUAAUGAUUCUGGGUCAGGGUUUGAUAGCUAACAGGCCUACUUGUUGCAACACUGGUAAACUUGAAAACAUUGUCAUUAUGUAUAAUUUGUGUGCCAAAUGACGCUUCUGUCUUUCUCUUGUGUGUCUGUUAUGGGUCAAUGUGAGCCCCCCCCUCCCCCCAUGUUGGUCUGUUCAUUAUGGUUCCUGUUGUACAACAUCAGAAACGCAACGUGUUCGCCCCCCCUGUGGAUUCAACUGCAACCGAAGGAAAAAAAACUGUUUUAAGGGCUUUGAUGUAAAAAUGUUACCAAUAAAUCUAUACUGGUUUUAAAA